AUGUCCUGCUCCAGCCUGUGUGCCCCUGCCUGCGGGGUGGCCGCCCCGGCCCCGCUGGCUGACAGCUACAACGAGCCCUGCGUGCGCCAGUGCCCCGACUCCACCGUGGUGAUCCAACCCCCGGCCACCGUGGUCACCUUCCCCGGGCCCAUCCUCAGCUCCUUCCCGCAGAACGCUGUGGUUGGCUCAGCAGGAGUCCCCGCCGUUGGAGCAGGCUUGGGUGGCAGCUUUGGACGUAGUGCCGGUUUUGGGGGCUAUGGAGGCCUGGGAGGCUAUGGA